UGCCCGGUCUAUAACAGGGGACUAAAUGCAUCGCUAAUUUACAAACGCACAUUUGACAGUUUCUGCACUUUUAAGACUUUAAAGAUGGCUUCUGUUAGACAGUUAGUGUACAGGAGGUGGUUGUUUCUUCUUAGCAAAUCACCAAGUGUGAACACAUCAGUUUCAAGGCACAGCAACCAGACAAGACUGUUCAGUGCCUCCAGCAGAUGUAUGAAUGUUAUGCCAGCCUGGGUUAUUGAUAACUAUGGAGGGAAUGAUGUGUUACGCUUUACUAAAAAUGCCAGUUUCCCCGUCAUCAACUACCCCAAUGAGGUUAUUGUCAAAGUGUUUGCAGCAGGACUGAACCCACUUGAUGUCAGUAUGAGAGGUGGCUACGGUGCAGCUACACUGUCUAUGAAGAGAGACCCUCUGAAUAUCAAGCAGUCAGGCAGUGAGUUCCCUCUCAUCCUGGGAAGGGACGUGUCUGGGGUCAUCAUGGAGUGUGGCUUAGAUGUGAAGUACUUCAGCGAAAGGGAUGAGGUUUGGGCAGCAAUCCCACCGUGGAAGCAGGGCAGCUUAGCUGAGUUUGUCGUGCUUAGUGCCAAUGAGGUUUCCCACAAACCAAAGUCACUGAGCCACACAGAGGCAGCAGCCAUUCCAUAUGUGGCAACCACUGCCUGGUCAGCACUGGUCAACACUGGUGGGCUCAGUAAGGACAACUGUUCAAAGAAGCGGAUUUUGAUCCUUGGAGGAUCUGGUGGAGUGGGAACAUUUGCCAUACAGAUGCUGAAGGCGUGGGGAGCCCACGUGACUGUUACCUGCUCCCAGAAUGCCGAGCGGUUCGUAAGGGGGCUUGGGGCGGACCACGUGGUGGACUACACUGCCGGACCUGUCGAGGAGCCGCUCCGUGCGCUGGAGAAAUUUGACCUGAUCCUGGAUAAUGUUGGGGGGGACACGGAACGCUGGGCGCUGAAUCUGCUUAAACCUUGGAGUGGAGCCAAGUACGUCACUCUGGUAACACCUUUCCUCCAGAACACCGACCGGCUGGGUAUUGCUGAUGGAAUGAUGCAGACUGCUGCUACAAUGGCCACCAAGGCCCUCAAGCACCUUGUUAAAGGAGUUCACUACCGUUGGGGAUUCUUUGCACCAAGUGGUCCUGCAUUAGAUGACAUUAGAGAAAUGGUGGAUGCAGGACAGAUCCGGGCAGUGGUGGAGGAGACUUUCAGCUUUUCCCAGGUUCCCCAGGCCUUCGAGAAGGUGGAGAAAGGUCACGCCCGAGGAAAGACUGUGGUCCAGAUCAGCAAAGGGGGAGAGGGCUUAUAGCUUGACUGUUGGAUACUGUGCAUUUCUCUGCACAACUAUGAAACAAAUGGAAAAUAAUUUGAAUGCAAGGUCCUGGCUUAUUGUGUCUCCAGCUGGAAACACUGUACAUAAACAAGGUUACUACAGAUAUUGUGUCUCCCAUGUGCGGAUUUUGUGACUUUACCGUGUGUUUGGCUGCUGAUAGUGUGCACACUCUCCAAGCACUUUAUUAGAAACACCUGUACACCUGCUCAUUGAUGCAACAUCCAAUCAACCAAUCAAGUGGCAGCAGUUCAAUGCAUGAAAUCCUGCAGAUACAGAACAAGAGCUUCAGUUAAUGUUCACAUCAAACAUCAGAAUGAGGGAAAAAUGUGAUCUGAGUUACUCUGACUGUGACAUGAUUGUUGGUCUGAGUGUUUGUGAAACUGCUGAGCUACUGGGAUUUUCACUCACAACAGAGUUUAACUCAGGAGACAAAAACCAAAACCAUCCAGUGAAGCAGCAGCUCUGAGGACAGAAACGCCUUGUUGAUGAGACAGGUCAGAGGUCAGGGGUCAGACUGGUUGGAGCUGACAGAAAGGCUACGCUAACUCUGUGGUGAACAGAAAAGCGUCUCAGGAUGAACAACAGGUCCAACUUUGAGUUGGAUGGACUACAACAGCAGAGACCGCGUCAGGGUCCAGACUUAAUACCAAUCAUGUCAGAUGACAAAUCUGCAGAAAUGAUGUGAUGAGUCAUGUCAACAUGGAGCAAAAGGAAACAUCUCGUAGAAUCAAUGCCACAAAGACCUGAGGCUGUAAGGAGAGGAAAGGGAGUAACUACCCUGGAUAAGUACAGUGUUCCUAAUAAAGUGCUUGGUAAGUGUAUUUACACACUACAGCUUCUGCUGUAUGCUUUAAAGCGUUCUAGCAUUUUUAUAUUGGCUUGAAUAAAAAAUAAAUAAAUCACCUAAUUAAAGUGAUCAUCUAUCCACUGUCAAUCUAUUUAACAAGGUGCUCUCUGUGGACAUCCAGGGCAAGGACAAGGGUAUAAAACAUUUCUGAAGCUCAGAGUGUUCCCAGGAGCACAGAGACAUCAAUUACUGUGAAACAGAAGAGGUUUGGAACCAUCACUUUCAGCAGUCGGCCAUGUGGCCAAACCAAUCACUUGGUUUCA